CGUGUCUAGUAUUAGGUAGGUAUAAAUACUGUUCAGAUGUCGCAUAAACCAGCUCUAUCCAAAGUGGUCAAACCAUAGAGAUAGACGCAUCGUCAACUACCUACUCUAGCAUAUAUCCGACUUCGCAAGCAAAUAUACGAUGGCUUCUACAGACUACAAGGACCGCGGCGUGCGCAUUGCGAUAGACCGUGGCGGGACCUUCACGGACUGCGUGGGCACGCUAGGUGGCAAGGACGUGGUGAUCAAACUGCUGUCCGAGGACCCGGCCAACUACGACGAUGCGCCGUUGGAGGGCAUCCGGCGCAUCAUGGGUCACUUUGAGGGGCGUGAGAUUCCGCGCGGUGAGGCCCUGGACACUUCCAAGAUCGACAGCAUACGCAUGGGUACCACGGUCGCCACCAAUGCGCUGCUUGAGCGCAAAGGCGAGAGGAUGGCGCUCGUCGUUACGAAAGGCUUUCGGGAUUGUCUCGUCAUUGGAAACCAGAGUCGUCCCAAGAUUUUUGAUCUUGCCAUUAAGAAGCCGGAUGUGCUAUAUGAGGAUGUCGUGGAGAUUGACGAGAGAGUCACGCUAGAAGAUUACGCCGAGGAUCCGGAACGCGGGAUCAGUAAAGUGGACGUUAAAGUCGGGACGCCAGAUGCGGGGAAGGCGGACUUGGUGAUGGGUCUCUCGGGAGAGUCUGUGCGCAUUCUGCGACGGCCGGAGGAGACCCGGAUCAGAGAUCAUCUACAAAGCAUAUUUGAUAAAGGAAUCAAGAGCAUAGCUGUGUGCUUGAUGCAUGGUUACACUUUCCCCGUGCAUGAGGCAUUGGUAGGCAAGAUCGCAAGGGAAAUCGGCUUCGACCAUAUCUCACUUAGCCAUGAGCUCAUGCCCAUGAUUAAGCUAGUGCCGCGGGCGACGAGUGUCUGCGCCGAUGCGUACCUGACGCCAGCGAUCAAGAAGUACAUCUCCGGGUUCCAGAAGGGAUUCGCUGGUGGCUUAGGGACACGGAGUGUGCUCGAACAAGAAGGCAGCAAAGGUGCAAGAUGCGAGUUCAUGCAGAGCGAUGGUGGUCUAGUAGAUGUGGAUAAGUUCACUGGAUUAAAGGCUAUCCUCUCUGGCCCCGCGGGUGGUGUAGUAGGCUACGCCAUCACAAGCUACGACGAGGAGACUAAGAUCCCGGUCAUUGGAUUCGAUAUGGGAGGCACUAGUACUGACGUUUCACGGUACGGAGAGGGACGUUACGAACAUGUUUUCGAGACGACAACGGCUGGUGUUACGAUACAAUCGCCCCAGCUCGAUAUCAACACCGUCGCCGCUGGAGGCGGAAGUAGGCUUUUCUUCAAGAACGGUCUGUUUGUCGUCGGACCUGAGUCAGUAGGCGCCCAUCCCGGUCCUGCUUGCUACCGAAAGGGUGGUCCGGCUGCAGUGACGGACGCCAAUUUAUUCCUAGGCCGUUUACUACCGGAGUUCUUCCCAAAGAUAUUCGGCAAGAACGAAGACGAAGGCUUGGAUGUUGACGCGAGUCGGAAGGUAAUCGAAGAGCUCACUGCUCAGGUCAAUAAGGAGACAGGCAAAAAUAUGAGCCCAGAUGAGGUAGCUUACGGCUUCUUGACCAUAGCGAAUGAGGCCAUGACAAGACCGAUCCGGUCUAUCACGGAAGCAAAAGGUCACGAUUCCUCGAAGCACCGGUUGGCGACGUUUGGUGGCGCAGGAGGUCAGCACGCCGUCGCUAUUGCGGAAGCUCUCGGCGUCAAACAAAUUCUAAUCCACAGAUAUUCUUCAGUUCUGUCAGCAUACGGGAUGGCCUUGGCAGACGUUGUCGACGAAAGACAGGAGCCUGACUCGUCAGUGUGGCAAGACAAAGGCGUCGUAGUUGAUGAGCUAAAGGCUAAGAUGGAGAAGCUGAAGGGUAAAUCACGUCAAGCCCUAAAAGAUCAAGGGUUUGACGACAGCGAGAUUAUUUUCGAAGAAUACCUUAACAUGAGAUACCGCGGAACGGAAUCGGCCCUCAUGAUCAUCAAGCCCAACGAAGAAGCAAAAGCAUCUUAUGGCGGCGAGGAUUGGGCGUUCAGCAAAGCUUUCGUGGACCAUCACCGCUACGAAUUCGGGUUCACCCUGGAUGACAGAGAUAUCAUCGUAGAUGAUGUUCGAGUUCGCGGUAUUGCCAAGAGCUUCAGGUAUCAAGAGGAAACUGUAGAUCAGCAGUUGAAGGUUGUUAAGCGGCAGGCUGUUGGUGGCCACAAAGCACAUGGGAAAUCCCAGGUUUAUUUCGAAGGUGGUAGGCUGGAGACGCCCGUUUACAAACUGGAAGAUUUGUCUGUUGGUGAUGAACUAGACGGGCCAGCUAUGCUCGCUGAUGGUACACAGACCAUCGUCGUAACUCCCAAGGCAAAAGCACUAAUACUCAAAACACAUGUCAUUAUUGAUCUGGAAAAUAAGGCCAAGGACGAUUCACAUAAAAAGGGAGCUGACCAGGAAGCUGACCCCAUCAUGCUGAGUAUUUUCGGCCAUCGUUUCAUGGCCAUUGCGGAGCAGAUGGGCAGAGCGCUUCAGAAGACGAGUGUGAGCACCAAUGUCAAGGAACGACUGGACUUUUCAUGUGGUAUAUUCGAUGCCGACGGCGGUCUAGUCGCGAACGCACCGCACGUGCCUGUUCAUUUGGGAUCUAUGUCGACAUGCGUUGGGGUGCAAGCUAAACUCUGGGAAGGCAACCUGAAGAAAGGAGACGUGCUCAUUUCGAAUCACCCAUCAUAUGGAGGCACACAUUUGCCAGACAUAACCCUAGUCAUGCCUGCUUUCAACGAAAAGGGGGACAAGAUUCUAUUCUACGUAGCGUCGCGCGCGCACCACGCGGAUAUCGGCGGGAUUACGGCGGGCAGCAUGCCACCGCACUCACGAGAGCUAUUCCAAGAGGGUACGGCGAUCAAGAGCGAAAAGAUCGUCAGCGAAGGCAGGUUCGACGAAGAUAGAAUGAUAGAGCUGCUCUACAACGAACCAGCGCAAUACCCUGGUUGCAGUGGUACCCGAUGCCUGGCGGACAACCUCAACGAUCUACGGGCUCAGGUCUCCGCAAACCAAAAGGGGAUUUCCCUGAUCGAGGGCUUAAUACGUGAGUAUGGGGAAGACACGGUGCAGUUCUACAUGCUGGGCAUCCAAAAGAACGCCGAGCUCUGUGUUCGGCAGUUACUGAAGGAUGUCUACAAACGGUUUGGGGGGCAGGAGCUGGCUGCGGUGGAUUACAUGGAUGACGGGACUCCGAUUCAACUACGCAUCACCAUAGACCCCGAGAAGGGCGAGGCGGAUGUCGACUUUGAAGGCACGGGUCCUCAGGUCUAUGGCAACACCAACGCGCCUGAGGCCAUUACGAAUAGCGCCCUCAUCUAUUGCCUACGGUGCCUCAUUUCCGAAGACAUACCCCUGAACCAAGGCUGCCUGAAACCCAUCACUCUCAGGAUCCCGUCCAAAUCAAUAUUGUCGCCAUCGGAGGGAGCCGCGGUCGUAGGCGGUAAUGUGUUGACAAGCCAGCGUGUCACUGACGUCAUCUUCAAGGCGUUCCAAGCCUGCGCCGCCAGCCAGGGUUGCUGCAAUAAUUUGACCUUCGGCUUCGGCGGUAACGUGUCGGGCGAAAAGGAGGUCAAGGGCUUCGGAUACUACGAGACGAUCGCGGGCGGAAGCGGCGCGGGUCCGGACUGGGAGGGCGCGAGCGGCGUGCACGUACACAUGACCAACACGCGCAUCACAGACUCCGAGGUGUUCGAGCGCCGGUACCCCGUCAUCCUGCGCCAGUUCUCGAUCCGGCAGGGCUCGGGCGGCAAUGGCCAGCACCGCGGCGGCGACGGCGUCGUCCGCGACAUCGAGUUCCGCAUCCCGAUGCAGGUCUCCAUCCUCAGCGAGCGCCGCGUCUACCACCCGUACGGGCUCGCCGGCGGCGAGGACGCGGAGUGCGGCCUCAACAUCUGGGUCCGUCGCGUGCUGAAGGCGGAUCCAACGAAGGACGCAGCGGCGCGGGGCCAGCACCUCCUGCCACUAUCCAACGGCGAUGGCGAGUACGAGGUCCGCCACAUCAACCUCGGCGCCAAGAACAGCGCGCCCAUGAAGCCCGGCGACCGCAUCAUCGUCAGCACGCCUGGCGGCGGAGGGUGGGGCAAGCCUGGAGCUGAGAAGGCAGAGAGGCCCCGGAAGGAUCACACCGAGGCUUGGAGGAAGGGGAGUCAUGCUGCGAGGGAGGAGGCGGCUUUGCAGGUCUAGAUAGAUUACGGACAUACGUAAUUAGGUACCCUGCGUACAUGCAUAGGUAGGUACGCACUUAGGCAGGUACGCGAAUGUAAGGGUUUCUAUGUAGGCACGCAGGGUUGGGGCGUGACGUUUCUUGGAAUUUUCUUCAAUGUUCCUCCAAGUAUGCAUACUUACCUAACCUAGGCACCUACCUACCUACCUAGGUACCUAGGUAUACUUGAGUAGGCGACAGAGUGGAUGAGGGGGCGUUUGUAUAUCACGUAUGGUACCUAUGACGACUUGCACGACGAAUCCCUCCAGCCCUAUCUACGACCCUAUGGGUAGAUAUCAUAAUCCAGCAAAUAUAAUAAUUACAGUUAUGUAGAUCCCCGACACUCCUACCUUUCCAUCCAUCUGUCAGGCACUUAUUACCUAGAACGUGAUAUUACGUCGUCUCGU